AAAGACCGUAACACCCCCAGAGGUUCCCAUCCUAUGGGCGGGAGCUGGUUCUGUUCCACCAAGAUGGAGUUCAUCUCCUUGGAUGACUUAGCGUGCGCGGCGUCACAUGGUGGCAGCGAAGUCAGGGACAGGAACCGCAGAUGCCGGAGCAGCAAGAGCAUGAGGAGGGAACGUGACUACUGACUCUCGCAGUCAACAUGUCGACUCCCACGGGUCAUGCGAGGCAUUCUUGGGCUUCUGGUACCACCUGCUCCUCGGCUUGCAGCUGGCACUCGUCAUGCUCCUCGCCCCUUGGCGUUGGCACCCAAACCCGCCUAUGGGACAACCCAGGCACCCACAGCCACCUCUGGGGCAGUCGGGGCACCCACGCCCCGAUGUGGGCCAACCCCGGUAGCCAGCCAUGGCCGGCCCUGAGUAUGGACGAGACGCCGUGGUCGCUGCCGCAUCACUUGGGGGGCGACGACGCCGGGGCGGGCCUGGAGGAGUCGCCUUGGUCCCUGCCGCACCACCUCAAUGCCGGGGGGAUGCUUCGCCCGCAGGACACCACCACCGCCGUCGUGGUGCGGGCGGCGCGGGCGCGAAGGCCGUCCGUCUUGGCUGCCCUCCUCUCUCUGGAAUCCCCCGCGCCAGGCCUCUCCUUGACGCCCAUCCUUGGCGCCUACGCGACCGACCCCCCCGCCGCCCCUUCGCUCACCCUCACUGCCCCAAGUUCCUUCUUCUCGGGGUACUAUGAGGAUGACCUUCCUCCGGCCCCAGGCCCCUCCAAGGCCGGCGGGAACGGCUGCGAGGGCGAGGUGUGCGGAGACCUGGAGGGCGGGGGCGUGUCGGCCAUGGUUCUGGCCGUGCCCACCAAGCUGGAGGCCCUCGUCAAGUUCCUGGCCCAGUCCCUGCACCUGGUGCUGACGACCGUGUGCUCCAGGAAAGCCCGGCGGAAGGACCGUGACAAUCCCGCUGCACUUGAACAGGAGCACAAGUUAUAUUUGGAGGAAGCUGUUCUUGAGAGGAAGAUACCUGAGACUGAUCUCAGGCAACUUGUGGAGUUACCUCCAGGACUUGGAUAUGAGGAGUGGUUGGCAUCUCAUACAAUCGACUUCUUCCAGCAUAUCAACUUGCUGUAUGGGACAGUGUGCGAGUAUUGCACGCUCAGUGGGUGCCCAGACAUGACGGGGCCCACCACACGACAGUACCUCUGGUUUGAUGAGAAGGGAAAGAAGACUAGGGUUGCAGCACCACAGUAUGUCGACUAUGUGAUGACAUUCACCCAGAAGACCAUCAAUGAUGAGUCCAUCUUCCCAACUAAGUUUGAAAACGAUUUCCCCGUAUCAUUUGAGUCAAUUGUGAAAAAAAUUCAACGGUUGUUGUUCCAUGUGGUGGCUCACAUUUAUCACAGCCACUUCCGUGAGAUGGUCCUGCUCAACCUGCAUGCCCAUCUCAACUGCAUCUUUGCCCAUUUCAUACUCUUCAAUGAACGGUUUGGACUUAUUGAUGAAAAAGAAACAGAAAUUUUACAUGAUCUUGUUAUUGCUCUCAAACUUCAUCCAGAAAGUGAGCAGUCAGAUGCGACCACAACAGCAACCACCACGAUAACAACCACCACCUCAUCCACCACCAGUUGUAGUCAGAUAGUUGGAUUAGAUUGUAGUGGUAGUCCAGCUGCAAGCAGUGGUGACACCAGUACAGCAGUUAAUACGUUAUCAUCAGAGAGAGAAGGUGGAACAUGUCCGAGCUCUGAAGAUCAAGAAUCCUCCAGUGUGACUGACACAGCAGCUGUCACCAGUGAUAGCAGCAGUGGUGUAAUGGCAUCAACAGAAGAUUCUUCUGCAGGAGCAACAGCGCCUCUGCUUCCAGACACGGGGGCGGUGCCUGACACUCGGCCAUAGUAAUCCCUUGAGCUAGAGAACCAAUGUAUGCGGGUGCCCUGGUCUAGCCUUCAUUGCAGAUCUGCCUUUGCAGGUAGCAGCAUGCACGGUUGCAGCAACCUUAGCCUUAGCCGUGUAUGGGUAUGGUCAUGCAGUGGAGAUGCUAGGCAGGGGUUCCUAGGGAUAUGUUGUGUACAUAUGUGUUGUAAAGUCCCUAGAAGAUAACUAUUGCUAUACAAAUACUAUUUAUAUUUAUCCUGCGUUAUCACAUGAGCACACAUUCACCAUAAAGUGCUUUGUUUUCACCUACACUCAAGGAGAGCAACUUAACAAGAGGUGAAUACAUGGUCUUAAAGCAAGCUUUUAAGUAGAUGCAAAAUGUUUAUCAAGAAAACUUUAUUCUUGUGAUUUUAGCUGUAUUUGACAAAAAAAAAAGGUAUUUUUAUUGAGUUAAAGUUUGGUUUGCCUGAUAAACACAUUGGUGUUUGGUUCAUGUCUAGGUGCUUGGUUGGAAAAUCAGUUCUCAGAAUUAGUUUUUGUGAUGUUCAUAAUUUUCCGACCAAGUUUCUGUUAUAAUGUAAGUAGGCUUCAAAAGUCCUCACUAGUCGAUAUGUGAUGUGUCUCCUGGUAGGUUUCCAUAUGCAGUACAAACUUUCCCAAGAAUGUUUUUAGUUCUUUUUCUUUUUUCUCCCUUUUAUUGUUAAUUUUUACUUUCUUCAUUUUGAGAGCACAUAAGCAUUUAUGUUUAUUAGUUACCAGUACGCAUUAACAUUCUUUGAUUAAUAUGCACAUUCAGUAUUCCCAUCUGUUAUGAAAAAAUGUCUUGGUAUUUUGAAAGGUUUGCUGUACCUUUCUGUAUUGAACAUGUACUUAAUUAUGAAGCAUAAGAGGGAAUAAUAAAGCAAAUUUGGUUGGUUCACAAAGCAACUUGCUAAGAAUUACCUCAACCAUGUGAAGUAUAAGACAUACUGGUUAGCUUCAGCAGUUGUAGAUGAUACAUAUUCUAAAUAACACUUCAAUAUCUUCCCCCAAAUAGAUAGGCAAAGAUAAUAGAUUGAAGAUAAUGUUUGCAACACCACAUUGGAAUUCCCAGGCCAGCAAUGCUCACAGUUAAGCUCCCCUGGUGUCCUUAUGAUAUCCCAUGAACUACCAUUAAUGGAUACACAGAAGAGGUAUGCCCCUACUGAUAUGGUAGGGACAUGAACAUGACUGCCUGGGUAUUCAUUUUACCAAUGAGGUGUUGCAGAGGAGAGAUUCCUGCCCUUUAUAACUGACAUAUGUUUGAUAUCAUAGUACAGUACUAACUGUAUAAUGUAAUGAAGUUUUGUUCAUCUAUCUAGUUUAUAUAAUUUUUCUGUAUAAGAUAUAAUGUAAUGAAAUGAUGUACCAUUUCAAAAUUAUAGGAAUCAGAUAUGCAUUAUUUUGAAUGUGACAAUAAUGGACAAAUGUAAGGAGCAAGGAGGUAUCCUAGAGACACAGCAUUGUUACACCCAAAUAAUAUCUGACUGUUGCACCCUUAUCUUUUACCCAGACAACCCUUGUGGUACAUUACCCAGUCUUUACAGCUCAACAGUACAGAGUCUGUUUCAACUUUUUCAUACCCUGACAGUAUCUACAUAAUCCUGUACAAUCCCCAGCCCUUAUUUUUACAUCGGUAUUAUGUUUAUAACCUCAUCAAAACUGUUACUACACCAGGCUGUUGCAGGGAAUUUAUUUGUCCAAGUGAGUUAUGUACUUUAUGAUUAUUUAUUUUUACCUUGUUUGUUAGCUUCAGAUUACUUCUAAUCAAGCUAGAUCUUGCAGGCAAGGAUUUAUAGAGUGAUAUGCAGAGUCUAGAAUACUGUAUAUGCUGAUGUUGUUUGCCUAGUGAAAUAUUAUCAGUGAUGACAGGUAUAUUCCUAAAUAUGUUUGAUUGAGAUGUAUAUAAUGAAAAGUUGUUAUGUGGUGAUCCUAGUGGUAUAAGAAGAGUCAACCCAGAGGUCUGUAAUCCACAAGGCAGGAAUCCGGCAUGGGAUAAUACCUCUAUGAGAGAGGAGCCCACCUAGCAGUCAGUACUUCUGCAAAGGAGGUAUCCGCAUAGGAUCCACUUCUCAUAAUGAGAAAUCCACCCUCUGCAUGUAUGUCUACUUGGAAGCAACCAACCCAGUGGUCACUGCCUCCACCUGUGAAGAACCUACCCAGCUAUUCAUACCUCAGCAUAUGAGGAACCCACCACAUGCUCCAGUUAACUGCCUUGGAGCAACCUGCCUCAACCAGUACCAUGGUAGAAGGUGCCCAGGGCUUCCUAAAGCUCAUUUGCAUCUUGCUAUACAAAGACAGCUACCAUAUCAUACAUUAUGAAUCUGUCUUUUACAGCUUCCCAGAGCAAUGUAUGCUUAUUGAAAGCCUGAUGUUGCUGAUCAUGAUAGGUGAGGCAUUUUUGGGACUGUGACUAUAAUAAUUGAUGGCUGCAUAAAAUACCAGGGACAUCUACUUGGUGGACUUGUAGAGUACCAGUGUACGGGAAGGCCCACAGAGGCACAACUACUUGAUGGCCUUGUAGAGUACCUCUGUAAGUCAGGCUCAUGGUGAUACAUCUUUAUGGUGAUUAUGUAAGGGUGCCAUGAUGAGCCAGACACAGAGUAACAUACCUGCUUGGUGGCCUUUUUGAGUACCAGUGUUAGGCCAGGCCCAUGGUGGCACACCUGCGCUCGCCAUCUAAUGCUUCACUUUGCUAAGCUUUGCCACUCAGGAUUGACCUUCCCAAAUAUUAGGUUAUCAAUGAAAUUUGGGUACCAAAUUUUAGUAAGCAGUUAUAGGAAGUAAAGUUAGCUGCUGUAUUAUGCCCUCCUUCAAGAUAGUGAUAAACUACCUGUAGCCCAGAUGUUUAUGCCUUUUCUAGAAACUUGUGUUCCUAUGAUAACCUGUAUUGUGUUUAAUCUAGUUCAUUACACUCCCCUUGGUUAGAACUGUAAAAGGAUUCUUUUGAUUUGGUGUUGACAAAAUGAUUGCAACACUAUCUUCAUGCCUUCCUAGCCUCUGUCAUAGCUACUUGAUUUAAUGGAGAAAAGCUGCGUGGCUUUUUGAAUUGAGUGAAUCAGUAGCAUUGUCAUUAUUGCUGAAAAAUUGGCAGAUGACAAGCAUUUUACUUGUUUUCUGACUUCCUCGUGAUAUGUAUGGAAUGUGUGCAGAGUUCUAGAAGUGGGUGGUGGUGUGGGAUGACGGUCUGGGAUAUGACGUUAUGUAUUCUGUAGCUGUGGUAGCAAUGGUUGUGUAGUAUUGAGAGUUAGGGCAGCCCAGGCUGACUCCCACCCCAGCAGCAGAUCUUGGCUUGUCAUGCCGCCCUCGUGAGUGUGCCUAUCUUUAUUUUACUGUGUGUUCCUCAUCUGAAGGCAGUACCUUCCAUUCCCCUAUCUGUGGUAACUGUCUUGGCUCUCAAGUCAGUCCGUCUAGCUCUUUUCCCAUGAUUGUGUGUUUUUCAUGAAUUGAUAGGGUUCUUUUGUGUAUAUCUUUAUAUUUAUGCAUUGUAAAUUUCAUCCCCCUAUUAAGGGCAUUAAUUUGUGAAAUAUUCUAAACUAAAGCAUAGAAAUUUUAUCAGUUUAUUAGAUAAAAAAAAUGUAUGAAGACAAGAAAAAAUAAGAAGUAAUGAGUAAAUGAGAUAAUAAUAUCUAAAUAGCUGCAAGGUUCCUUGGGUUAGGGAGGGAGUCGAUGGGUGGAGGGACACACAGGAAGGAAACAUAGAUAAAAGAGGGUGGGAUAUAUAACAGGGAAAGGAACUGAAGUAUGAGAGCAGGAAGGGGAGGAACGCACAGAUAGAGAAGGGCACUUGUACGUGUGUGUUAAUCCUUGUGAUACUCUUGAUCCUUUGAUCAGCUUAGUGAGACAGGAAAUGUUUUAAGGAAUAAUUAUUAUUGCAAAAAUAAUAAUAAAAAUAAUUUGCACUGG